AUGUCUUCGUACGGCGACUCCGACGAUGACAUGCCUCUGGCGAGAUCCAACGGCAACCACCUCUCAGCCUCCAAGAUUUCGAAGGCCGAAGACGAGGCUAUGGACGAGUCCGCUUCCAAAUCAAAGGCCUCUGCCACAGGCAUCUCAAUCCGGAAUGGCCCAAUCGAUGAUGAUUCAAUGGACAUAGAUCAACCAAACGGCACUGCUAAGAGGAAGUCACGCUCUUCCAUCAGCAACAAUGUCAGCUACAAGGACCAAUCUGAUAGUGAUGACGAGAUUCCUCUGGCGAAACGCCCCAAAAAGGCUCCCAAGGACAGCGACGACAGCGACGAUGAGCCCAUAGCAGCCAAGAAGCUGCCACCUUCGUACAAGGAGACUGCCCUUCCCACCGACUCCUCCGACGAUGACAAGCCUCUCGGUGCGAAAUUAGCUAAGAAGAAGGCUCAGAUCGAGAAAAAGGCGGAGAAGGAGGCCAAAGCCAUCCGAGCACACGACGCCAAGGUCAAAAAGGCUGCUCCAAAGAAGGCUGUGAAGAAGGAAGAAUCAUCGGACGAUGAGCCGCUGGCCAAACCCAUCAAGAAGCAAUCGAACGGAACCGCCUCGAAAGCCAACGGUGUCAAGACCGAGAAGAAAGCUCCUGUCAAAGGCAAGGCGGCGCCGAAGAAAGCACCGGCUAAGACCAAGGACAAGUCGCCUGACGAGGAAGAGGAUGACGAGGUUCACGAGUGGUGGAAUGAGCCAAAACCCGAAGACGACAGUAUCAAGUGGAACACUCUCGAGCACAAUGGUGUGCUCUUUCCCCCGGCAUACGAGCCACUGCCGAAAAAUGUCAGGCUGUUGUACGAUGGCACUCCUGUCGAACUUCACCCUGACGCAGAAGAAGUUGCGGGUUUCUUCGGUGCCAUGCUCAACUCGACCCAGAAUGUGACCAACCCUGUUUUCCAGAAGAACUUCUUCGGCGACUUUAAGGAGAUCUUGCAGAAGACCGGAGGCGCCAAAGACAAGAAUGGGAACAAGGUCGACAUCAAAGAUUUCUCGAAGCUUGGUUUCAGCAACAUAUACGAGCAUUACAAGGCCAUAUCUGAAGCGAAGAAGGCCUGGACCAAAGAGGAAAAGCUCAAAGCCAAGGAGGAGAGACAGAAGCUGGAGGAGCCGCUACAGUACUGCAAGUGGAACGGGCGCAAGGAGAAGGUUGGAAACUUCCGUGUCGAACCUCCCGCAUUGUUCCGGGGCCGCGGCGAGCACCCCAAGACUGGCAAGGUCAAGAAACGGGUGUUACCAGAGCAGAUCACCAUCAAUAUCGGGAAAGAAGCCAAGGUCCCUUCGCCGCCACCAGGGCAUAAAUGGAAGGCAGUCCAGCACGACAACAAGGCAACCUGGCUGGCCAUGUGGCAGGAGAACGUGAACGGCAACUACAAGUACGUUAUGCUUGCUGCCAGCGCUUCUGUCAAGGGUAAGGCGGAUAUGGCCAAGUUCGAGAAGGCUCGCGACCUCAAGAAGCACAUCGAUUUCAUUCGCAAGGACUACACCAAGAAGCUGAAGAGUGAGGUCAUGCAGGAGCGCCAAAUGGCCACUGCGAUGUAUCUGAUUGACAAAUUCGCGCUCAGAGCUGGAAAUGAGAAGGACACGGACAACGAGGCCGACACUGUUGGCUGCUGUUCUCUCAAGUUCGAGCACUUGACCCUCCGAGAGCCAGACACGGUCAUCUUCGAUUUCCUGGGCAAGGACAGCAUCCGAUUCUAUGAUGAGGUCAACGUCGACCGUCAGGUUUUCAAGAACUUGAAGAUGUUCAAGAAGCCCCCCAAAGAGGACGGCGACGACAUAUUCGAUCGCGUCAAUACGUCGCAAUUGAACAAGCAUCUGUCCAACUACAUGCCCGGACUGACGGCCAAGGUCUUCCGUACCUACAACGCGUCCUACACCAUGUCAAAUCUCCUGCAGAGUCUGGACCCCAAACAGCACAAGAAUCUCACCGUCAACGAGAAGGUCAAGCUGUACAACGACUGCAAUCGGGAGGUCGCCAUUCUUUGCAACCACAAGCGUACCGUGGGUGCUAGCCACGAGCAGGCAAUGGAGAAGCUAGGAGACCGGAUCAAAGGCCUCAAGUACCAGAGAUGGCGGGUGAAGAUGAUGAUACUGGACGUCGAUCCCAAGAUGAAGAAGAAGAAGGGAGCGGCGUUCUUCGAGAGAGAGCCCGAGCUGACUGAUGAGUGGGUCCUCAGCCACCAGGCCUUCCUUGUCGAGGACCAGCGCACCAAGAUCACCAAGAAAUUCGAGAAGGACAACGAGAAGCUUGUCGCCGAGAAGAAGAAGCCGCUUCCGGAGAAGGAGCUGAAGGAGCGACUCAAGGUGGCGGUGGAGCUCGAGAAGAAGUUCAAGAAGGAGAACAAGACCAAGAAGGUCGAGGCCGAGGGCAAGGGUCCGACGGUGACCAAGCUCCAGACAAACAUUGAGAAGAUCGAGGAGAGGAUCAAGAACCUUGAGGCCCAGUCUGCUGACCGUGAAGGCAACAAGGAGGUUGCCUUGGGGACUUCCAAGAUCAACUACAUCGAUCCACGACUCAGCGUCGUCUUCUCCAACAAGUUCGACGUGCCCAUCGAGCGGCUCUUCCCCAAGACCCUCCGCGAGAAGUUCACCUGGGCCAUCGCUUCCAUCGGCGAGGAUUCUGCUUGGGAGUUCUAG